AUGAAUCCAGAGCUCGCCUUUCAUCGGCGAUCACAUAAUCCAGGCUACCUUCAAUUCCUCAAUGACCAGCCAAACGUCUUUGUGUUAAUUGUGAGAGCCCCACUACAUGUUAUCAUUAACGAGUACCGCUCUAUUGGCGUUGAUACUCUGCUUCCCCUGGCCAAAAGAGACCUAGAGGAGUUUUUGAUGUCUCGUCAAGAGGCUGGGGAUGUCCAUUUUAUCCAACCCCCUCAUCUGAACGUUGAACACGUACUCAGCGUGCCGAAGGACGUCUUCAACAAUUUCCUUGACGAACACCGACUGGCUGGUGCUUUGCAGCUUGUCCCUGCGCAAUCGUGGUCUGCCGACUACAAAAAUGCACCUUCAACCCGACUUCAACGUCUUCCAGACACAGUGUACACCCGGUGGCCAUAUGUCGGCAAACUCUCUGCUGCCUCAACCAGAAUUCGCGUUGGACGCCGUUCGCAACAGCCAGCCUUAGCAAGAAUUGAUUCUGAAGGCGUGGCGACCAUUCCUUCUGCUCAAGGGCGUCAGCACUCCCCCGACAUCAUUGACUUGGGCGAUGUCGAUAGCGAUGACAACAGCGACACCUCUGGCCUGCCGGAAUCAAUCAGUGUCCAGACCUGCCAAUACUCUGCUCGCCUCAAAGGCAAGCAAAAGGCUGUAGAGGGUCCACCCACCGCAUCAACCUCAGCAACUCCGGAGCCAAGGAAAUCCCAACGCCUUGAAAACCACAGGUUGAUUUCAUCUUGCCCCAAUUGCAAGGGGAAAAGGGGCCAUUUUUACAACAUCAUGUAG